GCUCCUCCGGUUUGGACAACCGCUUGCAGCGGCUUCGCUUCGUCCUCCCACCCUCCCCUCGUCCCUCUCCGCUCCGGCGUGCUUCGGUUGCCCACCAAGAUCUCUAAUUUCCCAUCAAACCCUAGCCCUGUCGCCGCCUCCUCACUGCCCUGACCCUCUCCUCCUCACGCUUCCCGUUCCCCAUCUCGCCGCCGUUUCUUUGGCCUGGGAGACACGCUCUGCUAGCUGUGUCCGCGUAUGGCCUCCGACGGUGCCCCCAGAGGCCGCCGUCCCAAGCGCCCCGCUUCGGGAGGCCUGGUCCAACCCGACGUCCUCACCUACAAGAGACGACGCCGCGGCACCGGCGCCAACGCCGGCCACAGCGCCGUCACGUCGGGCCCCGACCCCGAUCCCGUCAAGAAUCAGAUGAGCGCGGUGGUGCACGCCACCAAUUCCCAGCAAGGUGGGCGCCAAACGCUGGACAGGCACUGGAGAAGCUGGAGGGACACGCUGGAGGGCGUCCUUCGAUCCACUGCUGUGAACCAGAGCGCCGGAGGGAUUCAGAACUGCAUCCGAGAUGCGCUCAGAUAUAAUGGUUGGCAUCCCACAGAACAUGGAAACUUAGUUGAUGACCGAGGAACAGACGAAGAGGACGCUACUGGAGCUCUACAUUCUGAAGAGAGUAGUGGUGCCUUGGUUAAGUUAGAAGAUGGAACAGUUGCAUCUUUGGAAGCCAACAAGGCGAUGUGCCACGACACUCUCUUUGACAUUCUAAUCUCCGAGAAGUUUGCCAUGUUGUGUGAUCUGCUAGCUGCAACAUUCCACGGCAGUAAGCCAGACGACGUUAUUGGUUUGCAAAUAAUUGAUGCCAAGAUGAGAAAUGGGGAUUAUGCACAGAACCCUGCGCUGUUUGACCAUGAUAUUAAGCAGAUAUGGAAGAAGUUUGAACACGUUGGCCAAGAAAUGGCUGGUCUGGCAAGCAGUCUCUUACUGAUUUCACAAGCUUCUAAUCAAAAGCAGGCUUCUGACAUUUCAGAAAUUGAUGUGGCUGAACACAAGAUAGAGGAAACAAGUCUGGUUGGUGUCACCCGCAAAGCCCUAAGGAAGUUCACUCCCCCAUGCGAUUCUGGCUAUUCUACCAUACCAAGACGAACUGGGACAUCUGGAUCGGAUGGAAUUUGCAAGGAUUGUGGUAGAAAGGCAGACAGCAAAGGAAGAAUUAUCUGUGACAGGUGUGAAGCCGCGUACCAUGUUUCAUGUCUCAAGCUUGCCAUUGAUGAAGAGGCCCCAGCAAAAUGGUACUGUCCCACCUGCGUCGAACCAGACGUACCUUUAAAGAGCAACAACCAUGGCAGAGCACAUGAAGGCUGCGAUGUAUGCGAGUGGCUUGAGGUGGAGAAGCCAGAAGAACCUGCCGAAGAACCUGAAUUGGCCGUCAAAACACAGGAGAGCUCAGUGUCAAGCAUUGUCGAAGACAGUGAACCAGACCUCUCGAUAACCGCUCUAGCAAACUUGUGCAAGCUUUGUGGCACGUGUGAAGAUGAGAACAAGAAGUUCGUGGUAUGCGGGCAUGGCUACUGUUCUUUCAAGUUCUAUCAUGCCCUGUGCCUGAAAGAAAGCCAGAUUGCAAGCGAGAAGCAGAGGAAUCUAAAAUGCUGGUACUGCCCGUCUUGCCUGUGCAGACGCUGCUUCAAGAACAAGGACGACGAGAAAAUAGUGUUGUGUGAUGGCUGUGACGAAGCUUACCACACUUACUGCAUGGAUCCGCCGCGCAGUUCUGUCCCGAGAGGUAAAUGGUUCUGCACGCCGUGUAGUGCAUGGAGGUCGGCGAACGGGAUGCAGAGGUAUGAGAAGUCGAUCCUGCAGAGCGUCAAGCGUGUUCCUGAUGCCAAAGGGCCCAAGGUGCAGGCAGCAGCUGCUGCUCCAGGAAAAUAAGCAGCGGCGCUGUGGAUGCGAGGGUACAAAAAGAAAUGAAAGGAUUCUUGUUCCUCUGAAGGUGUAUGCAUUACUCUGACAGACUGAAUCGAGUAAUCGGAGGAUGGGCUGUGUAUACGUGGGGAGAAGACCUGUUGGCUUGUGAAGACGGAGAUGGUGGCAUCCGAGUGGACACGCACUUUUGUCUCUGUGGAUGGAGCUGCUGAUGUUGGUUCCCUGUCCUGUUAUUUCCUUCCUGGAAUUCUUCUGACUACCCCAAGCGAGUAGGUUGUUGUUGUUGUUGUUGUUCUGUUAUGUUGUGUCUGCCCUUUACCUGAUGCUAAGUGGUAACACUGACACCCGCCCAUGUUGACAUUGAUAUGUACAUGCCCGUUACCUGUUUUCUUUUUGUUGGACAAUCCUUAUAUACUUUCUGCAUGGCAUGUGGUCGAUGUCUGUAUAAGUUCAUUACAUAUCUGAUUGAACCCAUAAGGCAGAAAGCUUGGGUGAUAUCUAAA